AUCACGGUGGGCCCCACAGUACUUGGGGUAGUGUCCUCAUUUCUCCGGACCGUAAAACGCAAACACACAUCUUCGAACACAAUCCGACGCUGCUACCGCUAAUCGGCCUCCUUCAAACCCCUUCUCUAUCUAUUUCUUCUCUCCUCCUCUUUCCCAAAUCCUCUCCUCUCUGCAGAAAUAUUUAAUAGAAGGAAAGAAAAUUCCAAAAUCCAAGAAGAUAGCGCAGGCCCCACCUCGUGUUCUUCUCCGUCAAAUCCCACUUUUUUUUAAGGUCUGGUUAACCUUAUCAAGGGUUGGAUGGAAAAGAAACAUUAAGGUGGGCAUUACUAUAUCCCUAGGCAGUUUUUUAAGGGUGUGCUUUCAAUCACCACUGUUUCUUUGGAGAUUUGGAUCUAUUUAAUUUUUUGGUCUAGAUGACCUAAAAUGGGCUAAAAAACUGAUGGACGACGUGGAUAUACAACACAUAAUUGAGGUAGGCCCCACAGUUAAGGGUAACACACGUAAUCCGCGCUUGGUGGACUCACCCGCUAUGCUGUUACCCGGAACUCGCCUAAUCCACGCCCUGUCACAGGGCUCCAUGUUGUUUCCCUACCUACAACCUUCCCGCUCGUCAGGCCUCUCUCUCUCUCUCUCUCUCAAUCUGAAAUAAAACGCAGACAGAAGAAAGAAAGAAAUGUAGAUGAGGGAAAUAUGCGAAGAAAGGUCUGUACCUGAUCCUCAUCCAACACCAGCGAAUCGGAUCAAUCUGUCCAACACAGAUGAAAGGAUUCUUCAAGAAACAGUCAUGAUGACCGUGGGGAAUCCUUGAAGCCCUGUAAAUAUAUCUGAGAUUAGCUCAUCAUUACAAAAUUUGACUGCUGUUUUUCAGCCAUGAUGGAAAGAUUGCUAGCUGCUAGAAAACUCGGCUAUCUGUUACCUUCAACAUCUUCCUUAGUCAAUGGUUGGCAUUACAAUACUGCUCAAAUUUCUGGUUACCCAUCCCUGGUCUGUUUAAACCACAGGUCUUUCAAUAGGCUCUCCACUCUCGAUAGCUUAGAUGUGUACACAGUUGUGGCAAAGCCUGAUAAUGGUUUUAGCUGCUCAUUCUUAGCCCCAUUCUCCACUAUGACUGGAAUGAUUUUGGUCCAGGCUCGGGACCCAGCUCGACUAGCUGUGGAGUUAGGAAAUGCUCUUGAUGAACGGAGAUUUGAAGAUGCUUGGAAGUUUUAUGAGCAGUACAUGUUGAUGGAAGGAUUUCCUAGGAAAUCCAUUCUAAGCAAACUCAUUGCAGGUUUCACAGAGAGCGAUGACCGCCGGUGGCUUGACAAAGCUUACAGUUUGGUGGAGCUGGUUUUUAAUGAGGGUAAGCAUCAGUUAUUAGAGAAGGAAUGCCUCAUAUAUCACUCAUUUGUCCUCGCAAGGUGUGGACUGCCAGUUCCCGCAUCGACCAUCUUGAGAAAAAUCGUGGAGUUCGAGGAAUUUGUACCCAUAACUGCAUGGUCGGGGAUCAUAGCACAUAUGUCACGAACAGCCCAGGGUGCUUAUCUUGCUGCUGAGUUAGUUCUUGAGAUCGGGCACUUAUUCAAAGAUAACCGGGUGGACCCACGGAAGAAGUGCAACAGACCAUUGCUCUCAAUGAAACCUGACACUACUGUUUUUAACAUCACUCUGGUUGGAUGUUUGUUGUUCGGGACUGCCCGGAAAGCUGAGCAGCUUCUUGAGCUGAUGCCUAGAAUAGGAGUAAAACCUGACGCGACCUCGCUGAUCAUAAUGGUACACAUUUAUGAAAGGAAUGGGCGUAGGGAAGAAAUCAAGAAACUCAAGCGAUACAUUGAUGAAGCCUGUGGUCUGGGUGAUUUUCAGUUUCAGCAGUUCUACAACUGUUUGCUCUCAUGCCAUUUAAAAUUUGGGGAUCUGGAUUCUGCAUCGGAGAUGGUACUGGAAAUUCUCCGCAAGUCAAAAGAAGCUCGUAGCUCUUUGUCUGCCGCAACGCUAGUACUUGAAGCUGUCGGAACUGGUGGGAAGCCCUCCCAUCAGAAACAAAGUUCCGUGCAGGCUGCUAACCAUAUAGAAUCUAGUUUUUCAGAUGAGCCUGCAUUUAUUGGUAGUGCUGCCCCAUCAUUUUUGGAGUUCUCCAGUGAUAAGAAAUUUUCAAGGCUUGAGGCAGAGGCUCAUGAAUCACUCGAUCUGUUGCUGGGUGAGUUGCAGAUGCAAGUUGAGCUGGUUACGUCCGAUCGUGGUAUCCUCCGUCCAACUGAAAGAAUUUAUGCCAAACUGGUUAAGGCCUACUUGGAAGCAGACAAGCUCAGUGAUUUGGCAAUGUUUUUAAUCAGGGCAGAUAAGGAGGAUGGUCCUGUCUCUGCCGAUAAAUCUGCUGUUGUUCAUGUCAUUGAUGCUUGCAUCUCACUACAAUGGCUGGACAAGGCACAUGACCUACUUGAUGAAAUGCAGUUUGCUGGGGUGAGAAUUGGUUCCGCUGUCUACUCAUCCCUCCUAAAAGCCUAUUGCAAAGCAAACCGGGCCAGGGAGGUCACAUUACUUUUAAGGGAUGCCCGUAAGGCAGGCGUCCAGAUUGAUUCAAGCUGCUAUGAGGCUUUGAUUCAAUCUCGGGUGCUUCAAAAGGACACAAGUGGUGCUCUCCAUCUAUUCAAAGAGAUGAAAGAGGCUAAGAUAUCGAAAACUGGUCAUCCUGAAUUUGAGAUGUUGGUGAAAGGCUGUGCUGAGAGUGGUGAAGCAGGUCUAAUGGCUAAGCUUUUAGAGGAAAUAAAGGAAGAACAGAGAGCAGACUGUGGUGUUCACGAUUGGAACAGUGUGAUCUAUUUCUUUUGUAAGAAGAGGUUAAUGCACGAUGCUCAAAAGGCUCUGAAGAAGAUGAAGGCUUUGGGGCAUCAGCCAAACGCUCAGACUUUUCAUUCGUUGGUUACUGGGUAUGCAGCUCUAGGGGGAAAGUAUAUUGAGAUAACGGAGCUGUGGGGUGAAAUGAAAGCUCUUGCCUCUUCCAGCCCAAUUAAGUUUGAUCAGGAGCUCCUGGAUUCUUUAUUGUAUAGCUUUGUGAGAGGCGGGUUUUUCUUGAGAGCUAAUGAAGUUGUGGAGAUGAUGGAGGGGGAGGGUCUGUUCAUUGACAAGUACAAGUACAGAACUCUCUUCUUGAAGUAUCACAGGACAUUUUACAAGGGCAAAGCUCCCAAGUUCCAGACAGAAGCCCAGUGCAAGAGGAGGGAAGCUGCUUUGGCCUUUAAGAAAUGGGCUGGUGUUUUUUGAAGAAAAAUUUAGAUCCAUCCAUCACAAUCAAGGGUGUAUUUUAUCCAAGCGACAUGAGACUAUUGCCUUUUCUUCACUCAACAUCUCAACUUUCCAACCCAUCCAAUUUGAGGACAACCGGCUGUGUCCAUCAACAUGUUGGCCAUUGAUGUACCAAACAGGGUAUGUCAACUAUGAUUAGAAGCUAAACAAAAAUUUAGUAGUGAGUGAUCACAAGUUGUGCUCCCCUCGGGAUCGGUGUUGGUAACCGGCAUGAAGGAAGUGAAUUUCAUUGGUGGGCGUAGUACAUUUUACAGAACAACAAAUUGGGUAUUGCUCAAAUCAAAUUACUGCUAUGUGCUAAAUGGUUUGAACGACUUUAUGGGGCUGUGGAUAUACGAGUAGUUUGAUGUGUUCUUUGUUUUUUCUGUAAUGUAUGUUAUAGAAAUUCAUGGCUAACUCUUCCAAAGUGAAUCUGCUGUCGACGAUAGCUCAUGCACGAAGAUGUUGGAGAGACGGCCCAUAGCACUAAUGUAUCCUGUUAAUGAAGAUUUCUUUGCUACAACUGUGGAGGGAAUGAUGCUCUGAUGGGAGAAUUUUGCUGCCUGGCAUGUAUGUUUGAUUCUUGGCAACUUCCUAGCAUGUAUUUGUUAGACAAUUUUAUUUUAUUUUUUAUUUUUAUUUUUUGAGUUUUCCAAGAUAUGAUAAUUUCACUGGCUGUAAUUUGAGGGUCCAUUGUUUUAACCGCAA